AUGGAAUUUGAAGAGCAAGAAUCGAUAAUGAAGACUAUCACGCUGGCACUACUGGCUGCAGCAGUAAUCAGCAUCUCAAGUGUUACCGGCAUGGCGUACGCACAAGAAGGCGCGCAGGGCAGCUCCGAUUCACUGAGGUUGGUUGGAGCCGGCCUUGCAUUUGGUCUUGCGGCAGGUGGUGCAGGCAUCGGCUUGGGUCAUGUAGGGGCAGCCGGCCUUGCAGUCAUAAGUGAGAACCCCGCGCUACAGUCAAAAGUAUUCAUAUUCGUGGGCAUGGUAGAGUCAAUCGCCAUCUACGGCAUAGUAAUGAUGUUCAUCAUUCUGGGCCAAUAA